AUGCAACUUGUCAACACCGCUGUGUACGCUAUUACUGCUCUGGCCACCAUUGUAACAGCAAUCCCUGGGCGAGUUGCUAUGGGCGAGAAGUUCGCUUUCUUCAAUGGCAACCACAGCGUCAUUGUUGAGACCGGAAUUCCGUCUGUAAACCCUGGAAACACUCUGCAGGUUCCUGAAGAGGGUGACGUCGAUUGCAAAGGCUCUGUUUUGUGUGAAACACUUAGUGGUAGCUGUGAUGAUGCCUACCGCAAGGUGGUUCCUAGCAACACCUACAGCACAUAUUAUGAGUAUGCCAUUCCGGAAUCACAGUUAAAUGGUACCGCAUCAGCUAGCUCGUCUCAGCGCGGCCGACACUGGAACUUGCAGUGGAUAUUGUGGGCUUUUUGUCAGUGGUCCACACUAGCCCCUUUGUCUCCCUCGUGGCCCAGCUGGUGUUCGAGCUUCCGGGGGAUUAUCGGGGUAUCUGUGGGAAAUUCUCUGUGGAUAGCACUUAGGAUAGUUACGAUGAAGGUCUCAGAUGAACGGGCUCUGCCAAGGCAAGACUAUGAAUAUUAUAACCAAGACAACGGGCCCCCAUUUCUUACCCAACUCAUCCCAGCAGGCCACUGUACCUGCGAAUCAUCCACAUCAUUUGAAUGCGGAGAUUGUCUCUCCUGCCUGAACUCGUCCUCACAGCUAUCAGAACCAGAACAUCAGCCUACCUGGAACUUCCAGUAUGGCCGCGACGACCGAGACCCUAGCCUGAGCCCGAAACAGUGCCAGACAUCCUUCCCAGGUCUCUUUCAAGAUAUCCACCGGGGUGUCGAAUAUUGGACAUCACAAGGCGGCCUUUCCAGCCAGGAGCUCAACAAUGUACCGUUUAACGACGGCAUGGCUCAGGCAGUUAUCUCCAAUGGAGAACUGUAUAUUGUGGCAGUAAAGGCCAAGGGCGAAGACCACCGGCGUAAAAUCCUCGCUACUCUCGGUUCCAUCCAUCGAGUGCUCGCUGCAUCCUCAAACCACCAAGACUCCCUUCCUCCCAUUGAAUUCAUCUUCUCGAUCGAGGAUCGCGUGGACGACGUUCAUGCGAGUGGUCAUUCUGUCUGGGUAUUACCCAGGAAACCAUCGGAGGAAUCGGUCAUUCUGAUUCCUGACUUCGGAUACUGGUCUUGGGCCAACAGCAACAUCGGCCCAUACGGACAGGUCGUCAAGCGGGUGCAGUCUGCUGAGCCCAAGUUCGUGGAUAAAGAGCCGAAGCUGGUCUAG